AUAUUGUUUUACUAUAAAUAUAACUAAAAUCAAGACAUCACAGAUACAAUGGCAUUAGAAACGGUUCCCAAAGACCUUCGGCACCUUCGAGCGUGUCUUCUCUGCUCUUUAGUCAAGACUAUUGACCAGUUUGAAUACGAUGGCUGUGACAACUGUGAGUCUUAUCUUCAGAUGAAGGGAAAUCGAGAAAUGGUGUACGAGUGCACGAGCUCGUCAUUUGAUGGUGUGAUAGCCAUGAUGAGCCCCGAAGACAGCUGGGUAGCCAAAUGGCAGAGGAUAGGUAACUUCAAACCUGGUGUAUAUGCAGUGUCGGUAACAGGAAGACUACCUCCAGGUGUAGUAAGAGAGCUGAAGAGUCGGGGAGUUAUCUACAAAUCCAGAGACACAGCAGUGAAGACAUAGGAGUGUCAAGUGGUCCAAAUUACCAACCUUGAAGCCAGUGAAUUAUCACACAGUGGGACUUAUUCAUUUAUGUCAUUGGAGAAGGCGCAUAUGUACAACCUUUUUGGUUAUU